AUGACGUUUAUUACCGGAGAUGACUAUAGAUUAGUUAACGUUACAGACCCAGAAAAGGUUAAUUUCACAAGACUUCAGAAUUCUCAAUCUUGGAAGGGCCAAUUAUCGUCGGAGAAUUACAUCGAAAGAGAAUAUGUGUUGGGAAAGUCCAAGAUUACCCUGUCCACUAGAAAUAGGUUGCUUGUGUUCAUGCUUCAAGAUAUCAAAAACCCAGAAGACAAAUUAUGCUCUGUAGAAUUGCUCAUUAGACAAUCUUGGAAGUUCACCUGGGACAAGGAAACAGAGAAAGUAGUCAAGAAAGAUAUAUUGUCGGGGUGCAUAGGUGGGGUUUUCACGUAUGCUGACCAUAGAGGCAAGGGGUUGGCCAAAAUUAUGAUUGACAAGAUCGUUGAGUUGAGCAAAAGUCAGUACGUUGGGCCUGAUGGGUUUACAUUUUUAUAUUCGGAAGUUGGAGAAUAUUACACCAGAAAUGGAUUUAGAUCUUUUGCUGUCCCCUUGUUGAAUUUUCCUUUAUCUCAGACUGGUGAUGAUUACGAUGCCAUAGUGCAACAAGACGAGGAUGUUGUCGAGUUGAUCAAGUAUCACGAUUUUGAAAAAGUGAUGGAGGAUUACAAUAAAGAGUUCGAAACUGAGAUGAUAAGUAAAACGAAAAUGGACCGUAAGACCAGAGUCAGUAUUAACCCUAGUCUGGAUUUCAUCGACUGGUUCCAUAUGAGAGCCAAAUUUAUCAGUCACAAAUUAUUUAACCGUCAAAUGGAUAUCGACAGCUCUUUACCAUAUGAAGAGCUUAUUAAGAAGUUUCAAGCAAUCGACCCCACCAAUUUCGGAAUAAAAAUAAAGAACAAGCUGGGCCAGUUGAUUGGAUUCAUUUCGUGGACUUACGAUUGGAACCUUAAUACAGCAACAAAUAAAUACGAAAAUCAAAUAACUAUUUUGAAGAUAGCUGUUAUGUCACAAUUUGAUAAUCUGAAAUAUUCGAUCAAAUUAAUCAAGUUGAUGAAGUUAUAUCUUGAACACAUGAAUGCUACAAACGAUAAAAUUCUUGGAAACUUCGUUAAGACUACAGUAUGGGAGUCUGAGGUAUCUAACGAUGUUAAGCAGUUUUUAAUUACAGAGUAUAAAGGUACAGAUGGCAUUGAAAAUGGUUCCAGGAGUGCCAUUUUAAUCAAUAAUGAUAAGGAAGACAAAUUAGUAGCAACUGGAGAUUUAGUUUGGGAGGAUAAUACCAAAUUACCUUGGUUUUAG